AAUUGCGAGAGAGAAAGAGGGUUUCGUUUCUGUUGUGUGAAUCAAAAAUCAAAGAUGGGUGAGAGAGUGAGUGGGAAAGUGAAAUGGUUCAAUGACCAGAAAGGGUUUGGGUUCAUAACCCCUGACGAUGGCGGCGAGGAACUCUUUGUUCACCAAUCUUCCAUAAGAUCUGAAGGGUUUCGGAGCCUCGCCGAAGGAGAGUCCGUUGAGUUCAUCAUCGACUCCGACUCUAACGGACGAUCUAAGGCUGUUGAUGUUACUGGCCCCGACGGGUCUAAUGUCCAGGGAAGCCGACGCGGCGGCGGCGGUGGUGGAGGAGGCGGUUAUGGUGGUGGAGGAGGAGGAGGCAACAGAGGCUAUGGUGGUGGUGGUAGGGACUCUGGCUACGGUGGUGGUAGGAGCGAUGGAUACGGUGGUGGAGGAUACGGAGGCUCUGGGCGAGGUGGCGGAAGAGGAGGCGGCGGCGGCGGCGGCGGAGGUUGUUACAACUGUGGUGAGUCGGGUCACUUGGCUAGGGACUGCUACCAAGGAGGCAGUGGCGGUGGUGGUGGUGGUGGAGGAAGGUACAGCGGUGGAGGCGGCGGCGGCGGUGGCGGUGGGAGCUGCUACAGCUGUGGUGAGUCUGGGCACUUUGCUAGGGAUUGCCCAACCAGCGCUCGUUGAAGUGAUGAUAUAAGAAUGUGUUUUGCCCAUUGUUUUUCUGAGGACAGUGGGAUGGGGUUUAUGUUUUGGUUUGUUGCAUUAUUUGCUUUAAUUUGAGGUGUCUGUUUUUGAAUCAGUGUUAGGGGGUUUUCAUGCUGGAUCUAUCUCUAGUUGUGCUAACUCUGGGUUUUUAUAUUUAGAUGUUGGGGAUUUUGUUUUUAUUGCUCUGUUAAAAUAGAGGGAUUUUGUGAAAUCAUGUGGGAUAAUUGCUCUCUAUAAACAAUGUUAUCGAUCGGAUGGCUUAACCUUUUAACAUUUUAGGGUAAGAGUGUGUUUGUGCUCUUUUGUUGUUAUUUGCUGUGAACAUGGUAUGGUAUUCGGUCUGUGGGAUGUGAUUCUCGAUAUUGUGAAAGCAAAGGUUUCCUACAAAGUUGUUAUUACUUUUAAGCCGAUUU